UUGAGGAAGACGUGGAAGACAAUGAUGAAGUUCACUGAGCUGCUGAUGCUGAUGCUGGCUGGGGCUGUGAUGGUAGAAGGGGGCGCGGGGGCCUCGAGUCAUACCUUCGUGGUGAAGUCGGACUGUAACGCCACUUACCUCGCCAUCCAUGCCAACUACACCCUCUGUCUGGUGGACAAUGGAGCGGACGCCUCGCUGUCAGCCGCAGACAAGCAAGCUAUAGUGGACAAGCAUAACGAUUACAGAAGUAAUGUGUCACCAACUGCAACCAAUAUGGUCAAACUGGUGUGGGAUGACGCCAUAGCAGAGUAUGCCGUCAAGUGGGCUCGUCAGUGUACUUUGGGCCAUGACGAUUAUGCCGCAAGAUCUCUUGCAUCCAUGCCAGGAGUAUCCAUUGGACAGAACGCAGCUGGUGGCUUCGACAGUGUUAUCAAGGCAAUAGACGGCUGGCACAAGGAGGUGGAAGACUUCGAACACGGCGUCGGAAACACGACAGUGGGAAAGACUGUUGGUCACUACACCCAGGUUGUGGGGUUCAGAGCCAUCCGCAUCGGGUGUGGGGAGGCCACCUGUACAAACGCCAAGUACAGUCGUUACCAAGUGUGCAACUACGCCGUUGGACAACAGACGCCAGACGUCAAGACCCCGUACGAAAAAGGAACUUCGUGCAGUAAAUGUCCCUCGGGCAAAUGCUCCAACAACCUCUGUGAUUGUGGAGACAAGCUUUGUCUUAAUGGCGGCUCACUGGACUCUAGCACCUGCUCGUGCACGUGCACCGGCAUCUGGACUGGGGACACAUGCACUGAAAAGAAAUGUGGAACGUCACAGAGUUGGUGUAAAUUUGUGACGAAGAAGUCCUGGUGUACGAUUUAUUCCAACAUUCCCGUGGACUGCCCGAAAUUCUGCGGUAUAUGCUGAGUGUCGCCUCCAGAUGACCCACACAGACCAUUUACACUGUAAAGUUGAUUAACUCAGAAUAAAGGUUGUCUGUAGAAA